AUGCAAGAAGGUCUUGGGUUUGACUCCAGCACCAGGCUGGGAUUUGCAUGUUCUCCCUGUGUCUGUAAGGGUACACUCCGACUUCCUCCCACAGUCCAAAGACAAGCGACGAUCAAAUCUGAAAAGAAUGAAUUCAUUCAGAAGCUGAUGGAAACAUUUCUUACAAAGCUCAGUGAAAGCAUCUCUAAGCAGACAGAGCUGCAGUCAGAGAAGAAAUCUGAAAUCAACAAUCGGCUCCAGCAGGUGAAGGAAGCAGCAGAGAAACUGAAGAAUCAGCUGGAGUCCAAAAAUCAGCAGACGAUCAACUCUGAGACGGAUGAAUUCAUUCAGAAGCUGAUGGAAACAUUCAUUACACUGGAAUCAAAGCUCAGUGAAAGCAUCGCUCAGCACAAAGAGCUCCUGCAGGAGAAACAAGCAGCAGAGAAACUGAAGAAUGAGUUCAAGUCCAAAUGUCACGAGAUGAUCAACUCUGAGAAGGAUGAAAUCAUUCAGAAGCUGAUGGAAACAUUUCUUACACUGGAAUCAAAGGUCAGUGAAAGCAUCUCUCAGCAGACAGAGGUAAACAUGGACACAUGUGAUGCUGUCAUCCUCCCAAUGAUCACAGACCUCCAUCCAUCCAUCCAUCCAUCUUCAUCCGCUUUAUCCGAGAUGAUCAACUCUGAGAAGGAGAAGGAUGAAAUAAUUAAGAAGCUGAUGGAAACAUUUCCUAAACUGGAAUCAAAGGUCAGUGAAAGCAUCUCUCAGCACACAGAGGUAAACAUGGACAUAUGUGAUGCUGUCAUCCUCCCAAUGAUCACAGACCUGUAA